AAGAUAAAUAACAAAGCAAAAUACAUAAUAGACUUCAUUUUUCAAGUAUACACAGAACCCUAUAUUUUGGUGUUUGAGUCAUGUGCUCAUACUCACAUGAUACAACAAGUAUAUCAGUAAAUUGUUUGAGGAGAAUGGAGAUGAAGAAGGAUUUCAAUAUUUUUAUUGUCUGCACUUUUUUAAAAUUACACAAGGCACAUCUCCCUGAAGAACCCUCUAUUCAAAUGGUAGACAUUGAGUAAUAUGUCUGCAGCUAAUAACUCACCUAAUGAGAUGUUGGGAAAUGAAAGAAACCAAAUGAUUUCAUAGACAGCUACAUCCUGAUUGGUCCCUCAGUUGCCAAUCUCCUGUAACUGAGUUUAAAUUCUUUCUACAAACUCAUUGAGAACCAAAGGGUAAAAUUUUUCACCAAAGCAACCUGGAGAAAUCUGCUGGAUUUUGAGCACUAUUUCACCUGUACAUUUUGCCUAGUGGAUGCAAAGGUAACAUUGCUGGACCAUGUUUCAAAUAUAACAUCAACCUUUUUUUUAAGUAUCACCUUCUCUCAAAAGGAAAAAAAAUACUGUGAAAGAGUAAUACUAUUUUGUUGUUACAGGUAGCAAUUUGAAACAUGAAGACUGCCAUUCUACUGUUUUGUCUUCUAGGAUCAACUCAGUCAUUACCAAAGCAGCUCAACCCUGCUCUGGAACUUCCUCCCACAAAACAGGCUCCGGAUCAGGAAACACCACUGAACCAACAGCAGCCAACUCAGGUAAGCGUCCUACAAGAAGGAACUCUACAAACCAGCAAAGGAAACGUGCUAAUACCAGUGGAUUUAAAGUCAAGACGCAACAAAAGACAGAAGAUUUUCCUAAAUCCUGCUGCAGGAAUGGCACCAGGUGCCCAGACCCUCCCAUUGACCCUGGAGAAGCUGGACGGUCAACAGCAGCUGCAACCACAAAUAUUACCAAUUAUUGUAGCACAACUUGGAACCCAGGGCACUAUCCUAAGUUCAGAGGAAGUGCCAGCCGCCCCACACAUCUUCACCGGCCUCCUCCUCCAUCCCUUGUUCACCAGUCAGACAGCGGCUAAUGCAGAUAGCCAGGAUGAAGUCCUUCCUACAGGACAAGCAGGGGUCAAUCCUGCCAUCCGGGCAACCCCCGCGGAUGAUGACAUUGGAGUGACCACCCCCGCGGGCAUCCAGAGGAGCACACCUGUGACCGAGGAAACCACCUCGGAGUCACCAAAGGGUAAGUUUGUCCAGCUGGGAAAAUGCCCUUGGCCGUGCCAGGCAUCUGUACAAUGGGAGAAAAGGGUUCUUGGCCUUGCUUGAACAAAUGCAGAUCUCAAUAAAUUCAGGGCACCUCUUUACUCACUCACAGCUUAUGCCAGCCAUGUGAGAGAAUGUUUUUACUGGACUACCAAUCCUAUGGGAUUUACCCUGGAAGAAGACACUUAAUCCCUGGUAUAACAUACUUUCCAUCAUAGGUGAGAGCUGGGAAUAUAUAAGAGCAGCUCUUCUCCUUACCUGUCUAUCUCUCACUCAACACAUGAGGGUCCUUACACACACACACACGCGUGCACACGCACGCACACCAAAGCAGACACUUCAGUUCAUCACAGCCCUCUUCCUGCUCACUGAUCGUGAUGAACCUCAGAAAUUCCUAAUAUUGCAAGCAGCCACUAGUAAUAGCUUGAAGUCAGCACAGUAGAUAAACCCGCCUGAAGGAGUGGGACUUAAGAAAUGUUGCAAAACUAAACUUUCCUUUCACGAGCAAGAAAAGGUUAUAGUUUAAUGGGUGAAGAUACCUAGAGCCAAAUAUCUAUAAGUAACAGAAGAUGACUUCAUAUUGCUAUUCCUAGUUCCAGAAAAGAAAUUUUGAUGUCAGGUCAAAAUGGUUUAA